CACGAUACGUUACAAACUAAUCUCUUCAAGCUAACAACGUGAUUCUGCUACCGUACUUAUAUUGUUCAUCUUCUUCUCAAUGCAGUUGCCACUUCGUUUCCUUAGAUGCAUUUCUCGUUUGAGAUCAUGAAAAAGAUUUAUCCUUCAAAAACUAAUCUUCUUUCUCUACUUCUCUUUCUAAUUAUUCCUGCGUUAGUGGCGACUGCGUCAGAAAUGGAGGAGAAAGCCAUCUAUCUCGUGACAAUGGAAGGAGAACCAGUGGCAUUUCGUCAAGCAGCUGCUACGCCAUCAAAGAGACAUAAACCAUUACAAUAUAAAAUGGAACAAGCAAAGCUUUUGGCGAAGUCUCAUGACCAACUUCUUGAGAGCAAUCUCGACGUGGAGAGCUACCAAAAAGUGUACAGCUUCCACCACAUAAUCAAUGGCUUUGCCGUCCAUACCACUCCCGCUCAGGCAAAGAGGCUCGAAUCAGUUCCCGGUGUGCUAACAAUAGAGAAGGAUCGAAGAGCCAAGCUGAUGACAACCUACACACCCCAGUUCUUAGGGAUCCCUCAGCGAGUAUGGCCCCAAGCAAUGGCCGGCGCCAAGUAUGGAGGUCAAGGCAUGCUAAUUGGCGUCAUCGACACAGGCAUCGACCCCAACCAUCCCAGCUUUGCUUGUUCCGAACCCCCCUUUCCUCAAAACUCAACGUCAGACAGUUGCACUGCAUCGCUCUUCGGUUCACUUUCCUGCCAGCCAGGUCCUCUGUUUCCUCCAGGUUCCUGCAAUGGCAAGAUAGUUUCUGCUAGGUUUUUUGCUCGUGGAGCAGCGACAACCCUUCCCUUGAAUGCUUCCAGGGACUUCACACCCUUUGACGAGCUUGGACAUGGCAGCCAUGUAGCUUCCAUUGCAGCUGGGAAUUGGGGAGUUCCUGCCGUCGUCAAUGGUUUCAUGUAUGGAUUUGCAAGCGGAAUGGCUCCUCGUGCAAGGCUUGCUGUUUACAAGGCUCUGUAUCCUGCAGGUGGAAAUGUUGCUGACAUUGUGUCAGCCAUUGAUCAAGCUGCACGCGAUCAAGUUGAUGUGCUGGUGCUCUCCGUCGGCCCAGAUGAGCCCCCGGAGGGCAUCGUUAGCUUCAUGUGCAUACUCGACAUCGCGUUGUUAUUCGCGAGAAGAGCAGGCAUCUUCGUCGCUCAGGCCGCCGGCAACCAAGGCCCGGCCGCUGCCACAGUCUCAUCUUUCAGCCCUUGGGCAAUGGGUGUGGCAGCGAGCACUACGGGGAGAGUUUACGUGCCUACUCUUCUCACCGGCGAUGCUCAUCGACUACCAGGCGUUGGCUUAACAGCACCAACUCCGGGAAAUGGGCUCUUCCAGUUUAAGCUCAUCGCGGCGAAGGAUGCUGCGGUGAAGAACAGUUUGGAUUCAGAAGAAUGUCAAUUUGCAGAUGCCCUGAAGCCUGAAUUGGUGAUCAACAGCGUUGUGAUAUGUUCAUUCUCACAGGGGUUUCUUAAUGGAACCUCAUCUCUCGCUGCCAUACUUGACACCGCAAAAGCUCUUCAUUUCAUUGGAUUUAUCUUUAUCGCCAACCCUGCUUACGGCGACUUCGUCGCCCAUCCCCUUCCUUUCAGCGUUCCCGGAAUUAUGAUCCCUCGAGUAGCUGAUGCGCAGGUGCUCAUGGCGUACUACGAGAACAACACUUGUAGGGACGAGAGAGGUGCGGCGAUCAGCUACAGAGCCACCGGAGCCCUUACAGAAGGCCGGCACGCUUUCUUCUCCGAUGACGCGCCUGUCGUCUCCCGGUUCUCAUCUCGAGGGCCUGGCGUCAUGGACGACCAGAAGAAUCCGGCUGACGUCCUGAAGCCGGAUAUCCUGGCACCGGGGGCGCAAAUUUGGGCGGCCUGGAGCUCGCUUGGCGUCUCUGACCCUGUACUCUCUGGCGAUGACUUCGCUCUGCUCUCAGGGACGAGCAUGGCGGCGCCGCACGUGGCCGGAGUCGCGGCGCUGAUCAAGCAGCUCCGCCCCUCGUGGAAUCCCUCCAUGGUCGCCUCCGCCCUGUCCACUACCGCCUUGAAGCAUGACCGCCGGGGACUCCCGCUCCAGUCGCAGGGCUCGGACCUGUACUCCUCGCGCCCGUCGACUCCGUUCGAUCACGGCGCCGGAAUGGUGAACCCCGAGGCCGCGCUCGACCCGGGAUUAGUCUUCUCCGCCGAGUUCGAGGACUACGUCAACUUCUUGUGCGCGUUGCCCAACGUCACCCAGGCGCUCGUCCGAUCCUCCACCGGAAUGAAGUGCGACGCCGAGUCCGACCGCUCUCCGGCGGAUCUUAAUCUGCCGUCGGUGACCAUAUCUGCGUUAAGAGGGCACCAAACGGUGAAACGCAGCGUGAGAAAUGUUGCAGGGAAGGCAGAGACGUACCUGAGCUCCGUCAGGCCGCCACAGCCGGAGGUGGUGGAGGUGAGCGUUCAUCCAGAAUGGUUUGAAAUCCCUGGAGACGGAGUGCAAGAUUUGGAGAUCGAGUUCAAGGUGCUCCAGACGUCGGAGUCAUUUGCAUUUGGGGAGAUCGUUUUGACCGGGAGCCUGAAUCACGUAGUCAGGUUGCCAUUGGCAAUUCGACCGGUGGGAUUCGGAUGAGCAUUUGCUAGAUGUCGACGGCAGGAUGAAAAAAAAAACUACUUUUAAAAUUUCAUUUUAACAGCAAGCAGAGAAAUAUUGGAAGUGAA